ACAAAAGAGGCCGGAAAGUGUCCGGAGGAAGCCGGCGCGUCACGGAGGACGGAUCCGGGACCCUGCCGCGCCCGCCCAGCGGCGCCCGGUCCCGGGUCCACAGCCGCACUCACCCCGCCGCGCUCUCCGCCACCGCCACCACCGCGGCCACCGCCAAUGAAACGCCUCCCGCUCCUAGUGGUUUUUUCCACUUUGUUGAAUUGUUCCUAUACUCAAAAUUGCACCAAGACACCUUGUCUCCCAAAUGCAAAAUGUGAAAUACGCAAUGGAAUUGAAGCCUGCUAUUGCAACAUGGGAUUUUCAGGAAAUGGUGUCACAAUUUGUGAAGAUGAUAAUGAAUGUGGAAAUUUAACUCAGUCCUGUGGCGAAAAUGCUAAUUGCACUAACACAGAAGGAAGUUAUUAUUGUAUGUGUGUACCUGGCUUCAGAUCCAGCAGUAACCAAGACAGGUUUAUCACUAAUGAUGGAACCGUCUGUAUAGAAAAUGUGAAUGCAAACUGCCAUUUAGAUAAUGUCUGUAUAGCUGCAAAUAUUAAUAAAACUUUAACAAAAAUCAGAUCCAUAAAAGAACCUGUGGCUUUGCUACAAGAAGUCUAUAGAAAUUCUGUGACAGAUCUUUCACCAACAGAUAUAAUUACAUAUAUAGAAAUAUUAGCUGAAUCAUCUUCAUUACUAGGUUACAAGAACAACACUGUCUCAGCCAAGGACACCCUUUCUAAUUCAACACUUACUGAAUUUGUAAAAACCGUGAAUAAUUUUGUUCAAAGGGAUACACUUGUAGUUUGGGACAAGUUAUCUGUGAAUCAUAGGAGAACACAUCUUACAAAACUCAUGCACACUGUUGAACAAGCUACUUUAAGGAUAUCCCAGAGCUUCCAAAAGACCACAGAGUUUGAUACAAAUUCAACGGAUAUAGCUCUCAAAGUUUUCUUUUUUGAUUCAUAUAACAUGAAACGUAUUCAUCCUCAUAUGAAUAUGGACGGAGAUUACAUAAAUAUAUUUCCAAAGAGAAAAGCUGCAUAUGAUUCAAAUGGCAAUGUUGCAGUUGCAUUUUUAUAUUAUAAGAGUAUUGGUCCUUUGCUUUCAUCAUCUGACAACUUCUUAUUGAAACCUCAAAAUUAUGAUAAUUCUGAAGAGGAGGAAAGAAUCAUAUCUUCAGUAAUUUCAGUCUCAAUGAGCUCAAACCCACCCACAUUAUAUGAACUUGAAAAAAUAACAUUUACAUUAAGUCAUCGAAAGGUCACAGAUAGGUAUAAGAGUCUAUGUGCAUUUUGGAAUUACUCACCUGAUACCAUGAAUGGCAGCUGGUCUUCAGAGGGCUGUGAGCUGACAUACUCAAAUGAGACCCACACCUCAUGCCGCUGUAAUCACCUGACACAUUUUGCAAUUUUGAUGUCCUCUGGUCCUUCCAUUGGUAUUAAAGAUUAUAAUAUUCUUACAAGGAUCACUCAACUAGGAAUAAUUAUUUCACUGAUUUGUCUUGCCAUAUGCAUUUUUACCUUCUGGUUCUUCAGUGAAAUUCAAAGCACCAGGACAACAAUUCACAAAAAUCUUUGCUGUAGUCUAUUUCUUGCUGAACUUGUUUUUCUUGUUGGGAUCAAUACAAAUACUAAUAAGCUCUUCUGUUCAAUCAUUGCCGGACUGCUGCACUAUUUCUUUUUAGCUGCUUUUGCAUGGAUGUGCAUUGAAGGCAUACAUCUCUAUCUCAUUGUUGUGGGUGUCAUCUACAACAAGGGAUUUUUGCACAAGAAUUUUUAUAUCUUUGGCUAUCUAAGCCCAGCCGUGGUAGUUGGAUUUUCGGCAGCACUAGGAUACAGAUAUUAUGGCACCACCAAAGUAUGUUGGCUUAGCACCGAAAACAACUUUAUUUGGAGUUUUAUAGGACCAGCAUGCCUAAUCAUUCUUGUUAAUCUCUUGGCUUUUGGAGUCAUCAUAUACAAAGUUUUUCGUCACACUGCAGGGUUGAAACCAGAAGUUAGUUGCUUUGAGAACAUAAGGUCUUGUGCAAGAGGAGCCCUCGCUCUUCUGUUCCUUCUCGGCACCACCUGGAUCUUUGGGGUUCUCCAUGUUGUGCACGCAUCAGUGGUUACAGCUUACCUCUUCACAGUCAGCAAUGCUUUCCAGGGGAUGUUCAUUUUUUUAUUCCUGUGUGUUUUAUCUAGAAAGAUUCAAGAAGAAUAUUACAGAUUAUUCAAAAAUGUCCCCUGUUGUUUUGGAUGUUUAAGGUAAACAUAGAGAAUGAUGGAUAAUUACAACUGCACAAAAAUAAAAAUUCCAAGCUGUGGAUGACCAAUGUAUAAAAAUGACUCAUCAAAUUAUCCAAUUAUUAACUACUAGACAAAAAGUAUUUUAAAUCAGUUUUUCUGUUUAUGCUAUAGGAACUGUAGAUAAUAAGGUAAAAUUAUGUAUCAUAUAGAUAUACUAUGCUUUUCUAUGUGAAAUAGUUCUGUCAAAAAUAGUAUUGCAGAUAUUUGGAAAGUAAUUGGUUUCUCAGGAGUGAUAUCACUGCACCCAAGGAAAGAUUUUCUUUCUAACACAAGAAGUAUAUGAAUGUCCUGAAGGAAACCACUGGCUUGAUAUUUUUGUGACUCAUGUUGCCUUUGAAACUAGUCCCCUACCACCUCGGUAAUGAGCUCCGUUACAGAAAGUGGAACAUAAGAGAAUGAAGGGGCAGAAUAUCAAACAGUGAAAAGGGAAUGAUAAGAUGUAUUUGGAAUGAACUGUUUUUUCUGUAGACUAGCUGAGAAAUUGUUGACAUAAAAUAAAGAAUUGAAGAAACACA